CUCCUUGAUUUUGUUCCGUCACUUAGACCAUCGUUCCUUUCUGUUGUAUUAGUUUUUGUCUGCGGAUGUCUCUGGGUGAAGAAUGAAACAACAAACGAACGACUGAUCGCGCUGGAGUCUCGCGUUAACCUUUUCCCCCGCGUUCAGAGGGUGUUACGAAAACUAAGACCCUCGAAAACUAAGACCCAAGACCUAAGACCCGUCUUAGUUUUCGAGAUUACGAAAACUAAGACCGCCUAAAAUCGAAUCCGUCGAAAUAUAAAGUCAAAUUGUAACCGAAAUAGGUCUGAUCUGUCAAAUUAUAUCAUGUUCGAUCCUUUCCACCGAGUUUUAGGUCAAAUUUAACGGUAAAUUUAGGGGUCUUAGUCAAACAUGGUUAAGCAGCGGCGGACAGAGGUUCUAGGUUAAUAGCUCUAGAUGCAGGCCCAUAUCCCUCGUUCCUCAAGGGGCGAGGACCGCACCUCCUACACUCACAUGGUGUGAAUGAGCAACCCCCCCCCUUCACUCCUUCUCUAGAGUUCUGGUUCUGCAGAUAGUAAGCGAUACAUUUCUAGCUUGUCAAAACGUGCCCGAAUUCGAGGCUAAAAUACUAUUAUAAUAAUAAUUUUGAGUUUAUAAAAUAUCGAUAUUGUUCUGACUUUCUUGCCACCCUGAUCUUCUAUCUUUCAAUUCCCAUAUUGCAAAAGUAGCGACUAACGUGCUUUAUCACAAGUUUUUGGUGAAAUUUGCAAAUUUCGUCUAAGAAAAAACACUCGAUCGAAUUUGUUUUAUGAGAAUAAGGUAUUUAUUGUCUUUAAUUAAUAAUCAUCAUCAUCAUCAUCGUCAUUAUUAUGACAGGCACAAGGACAAUGUCGCUAACUUAUCUUAGAAAAGUUUUGUUUCAUUUCUUUUAGCUUCUGGUUCUCGCCGGUAUCAGUACGACUCAAAAGCCUUCUUAUUUUCGCUGGUAAACAAACCAAGAUGGGCGCCUGUCAAAUUGUCUCAGUCAGGGCAAUCUAGUUCUAGCAGAGCACAUUCCAUAUACUUUCGCUUAUCUUAUCGGCCUACAUUCGGAGGAGGACAUGACAUUAACAUCUAUAACUACGCGUCAUCUUAUAGCAAUUCUUACAGCGACCUUGGCUUUACUUACAGCCCACCGAGCGGAUACAGCUACCGCAGCACCUUCGCCAAAACAUUCCUGGCAGGAUCGUACAGGUUCACACCAGACGAAGUUGAAACCUUUUACGAAACAACCUGA